UUUGACACUUCAAAAUUUGUUUUUAUUUUAUUUCACGUGCGUCGAACAAAUAUUCACUUGAUUAAUAAUAAAUAGUGUUUUUAAUAAAUAAUUCUUCCAAAAUGACGUUAAUUGUGAUGCCCGGUGAAAGAAUCAACGAAGCCGAAGAAGUGGCCAAAACAAAAAAAGUAGUCCUCGGUCCAGGGCUACGUCGUUUAGAUGAAAAAGUAGUUGCCUGCAAGGCCGGCACUCUGGUGAAAAAAGACACAAACAUCUUCUGGGUUGAUAGCUACCAGAAACGCUAUGUUCCCGUUCGUGGUGAGGCUGUGAUAGGUGUUGUAACUGCUAAGGCUGGUGAUAUAUUCCGUGUUGAUAUUGGCGCUCACGAAAAUGCUGCUCUAUCCUACUUGGCGUUUGAAUCGGCUACGAAAAAGAAUCGACCUGAUGUUAAUGCUGGUGAUCUUUUAUACGCCCGUCUAAUUGUUGCCAGUCGAGAUUUGGAACCCGAAUUGGUUUGUGUGAACUCGGUGGGCAAGAAGGGCAAAUUGGGUGUGUUGUCGGAGGGGUUCGUCUUCAAUUGUAGUCUUAAUUUGGCUCGAACUAUUUUGAGGGAGGAUUGUCCAUUGCUAAGGGCGUUGACUAAGGAAAUGCCAUUCGAAAUUGCUGUAGGUUUGAAUGGACGCAUUUGGAUUAAGGCAAAGUCCAUCAAAGAGACAAUAGCUUUGGGAAAUGCAAUUCUAGCUGCUGAGAAUUCAUCGAAUGAAGACAUUGCGAAGAUUUGUGAAAAUAUCGGAAAUAUUCUUUUUACGUAGUUGGAAUUUUUAAUAAAAAAUAAAUUAACAAAAAAUGCUGUU